AUGAACCAGAGUAUACGAGCUGAAAGAGGUGCUCUCAACAUCCCGUAUCUUGCUCGAGGCGAAACAAGCAGGCAACCAGGCGGUGCCCAAUUUGAUGAAGGCAUUGGAGUUUCAAGCUUCAUCGCAGCACUAAGCAGUGGUUUUAUAAUUUUCUUGUUGCAGCUCUUACUCUUCUUACUGUUGAGGAACAAACUAAGUCAUAUCUUUAAUAAAACGAAAACGAAACGACACAUUGUCUCAAGUAAGCCUGACUUGGAACCUCUGGGAUUACUCGCCUCCGUCAAACAGUCAUGGAACAGAGGUGAUUUGGACAUUGCAAAGGAAUGUGGUCUCGAUGCCUACUUUUUCCUUCGCUACUUGAGAACUUUGCUCCUUGCAUUCACCCCAUUGACGACACUUGUAAUACCUGUGCUGAUUCCAUUGAACUAUAUCAACGGGCGCGGUCAUCGCGUUGAUGCCGAUGGACGUGCUAAGGAUGAGGGUGAUAAUACACAGGUUACCGGCCUGGAUACGCUGGCCUGGGGCAACAUUCGACCGAGCAAUAGCCAACGCUACUGGGCUCAUCUUGUGAUGGCCGUUACUACUGUUGCAUGGGUUUGUGCAUUGUUCUUCUUUGAAAUGAGAGCCUAUAUCAAAGUACGACAAACUCAUCUUACCAGUGCUGACCAUCGAUCAAGACCUUCAGCAGCAACAAUUCUUGUCAAUUCCAUCCCUGCUAGUAAUUGUAAUGAUAAGUACCUGAGACAAGUUUUUAACCAUUUUCCGGGAGGAGUGAAGAACAUAUGGAUAAACAAAGACUUGUCCUUGCUCCUUCAAAUGAUCAAUCGGCGAGAAUUGCUUGUUCAGCAGCUGGAAGUUGCAGAGACAACCUUGAUCAGAAAAGCUCAUAACGCUAAGAAACGUUGCCAGGGCAAAAAUAUAACGAGAUAUUGGCAACGUCUCUUUCCUACAAAUUCCACAGACACCAGGAUCCAAAGACGCAGCAGGAGCAGCAGCCUCAUUACCAGUGAGCUCUCGACUACUGACUGCGAGAAAUUCAACAGCAGGGGAAUAUGGGAAAAGUUCAUUAGUAAGAGUGACCGGCCGACACACAGACUCCCAUACCAGGGAUUGCACUGGUUGCCCCGUAUUGCGCCUUUCUCCGAAAAGGUCGACACCAUAAGUUGGUGUCGGAAAGAGUUAGAUGAGCUUAACACGAGAAUUGAGGAGCAAAAGGGACUUUAUGACGACCUCCCACCCGCAAACUCAGCAUUUAUCCAGUUCCACAAUCAGAUCGCGGCGCAUAUGGCUUGUCAAAGCGAGAUCCACCACCUCCCAGAGCAUAUGACACCCAGAAGCAUUGGAUUUUCCCCCGAUGAGAUCAUUUGGACUAAUUUGGCUUUGUCCUACAGAUCUGGUUGGGUUCGUACCAUAAUAACUUAUGGUGUCUUGUUCCUGAUGCUAUCGUUCUGGUCAAUUCCAGUGGCUUGGACGGGCGUCCUCAGUCAGGUAGAUCAACUUAUUCAAGGCUUCGACCUACUUUCGUUCAUUAACCACACAGAGAUGCUCAGGCAUGCUAUCUCAGUAAUUGCCGGUUUAUUGCCGACCAUGGCGUUAACAGCACUUUUAAUCCUUCUACCAUUGUUUUUAGAAUAUUUGGCGGGUUUCAAAGGAGUUAAGACCUACUCUCUGAGAGAAGAGUUCGUCCAGACUUUCUAUUUUGCUUUCUUGUUCAUACAAGUAUUCCUAGUUGUAUCCAUUGCCUCAUUUUUCACAGCCUCGAUUAGAGAGCUAGUCACGAACGUCCGGGGCGUGCAGGAAGCUAGUGAAGUGAUCAACAUUCUUGCUCAAAACCUCCCUAGAGCAUCAAAUUACUUCUUUUCCUAUAUGGUGCUCCAGUCCUUCUCUACCAGUUCCGCAACGCUACUCCAGGUGGGCAGUUUGAUCUCACAUUACAUUCUCGCUCCCUUAUUCGACAUUAGUCCACGAGAUAAGUGGGUUCGCAAGAUGAGGCCGCGUUCGGUAAAAUGGGGCUCUGUUUUUCCCGUUUACACGAAUUUCGCAUGCAUCGCGCUAAUUUAUUGCAUAAUAUCCCCAAUCAUCUCUGCCUUCGCUGUCCUUACCUUUGGCCUCAUGUGGCUUUCUCAACGGUAUACGAUAUUGAAUUUUUACCAACCCGACCAUGACACUGGGGGAGUUCUUUAUCCUCGGGCUCUUAAUCAAACGUUUACCGGUGUGUACGUAAUGGAGUUAUGUCUCAUUGGUCUUUUCUUCAUGGUCAAGGAUGAAAACGCAGAUGCUGUUUGUUCAGCACAUGCAAUCAUCAUGGUCAUAGUACUAGUGGCUACUGUCCUCUUUCAGACAUUUCUGAAUUGGAGAUUUGCUCCUCUCUUUCGAUUUCUACCGGUGGAGUUGGGCAAUUGUGACGGGACAGUGGUCUUUCCGGAACAGCAAAUGAAGAGUGUUCCCCAACUCCAACAGGGGCUUUUAGGGGAUCCCACAAGUAUGAAUGAAGUAGUUUCAGACGAGAGGAAUCCACACGCCCACACGGUCGAUUCGGUGAUUACCGAAUUUCCCACGACUCUGAAAGACAUACCUGAAGAAGACCGUGAAUUACUCGUAAACGACGCAUUCAAACAUUACGCUCUCACUGUCGAAGAACCUACGAUCUGGAUCCCUCGAGACAAACUUGGCGUCAGCGAUGAUGAAGUUUACCAAUGUAAACAAGUUUCAAGUUCUGUUUCUAUGUCCAACCUGCGUGCUGAUUUAGAUGAUCAUGGGCGUGUGGUCUGCGAUGGCAAACCACCCGAUGUUUCUAGAUUCACCUAUGUGAAGCUUUAA